UCUAUGUCAAAGCUUUGUAGACCAUCAGAUGCAGUUUGUCAUCACUGCAUCAAAUUAAUGAAAUCGCUGAUAUGAAAUCAUAACUUUUUGUUUCGUAAGUUGUGUAACAAUACACCAGUGUGUUUUAAAGUAUGUCUGACUCCCAACAUGACUUGGGGUAUAAUGGAAAUCGUUCGAGUGUUAUGGUUAAUGUUUAAUGAUUUAAGCUUGACUCCCAUUGUUUGUAAAUAAUAUGUCCAUUCAUUCAUGCUACAGUAAUUCAGGCAAAAGUUUCUGUUCUGCUCUGUCUCUGUCAGCGGUUCAGUGGGAUGCCAUGACUUUCUUCACAGAAAGUGUGUUUGGACAGCUCUUCAAAAUUCUUGAAAAGGAGAAAAUUCCCAUAGAUGAGGGUAUGGAGCUGCUGCAGAUGGUUGUACACUAUGAGACGAGAGAUCCUCUCAUUCUGUCCUGUGUUCUUACCAUUAUAUCCACUCUCUUUCCCUUCGUUAUACACCAACCACACUUUCUGCCUCAAGUACUUUUUAAGAUAUUUCCUUCCAUCACAUUUGAAUUGGUUGAAGAAUGCAAGGCACAUCGAUCACGAGCUGUUAAGAAUCUCAGAAGACAUGCCUGUUCUUCCAUCAUUAGAAUAUGUCGAGAUUAUUCAGAUUUUAUGCUGCCGUGUUUUGACAUGAUGUAUGAGCACGUGAAAAGGUUGUUCUCCAAUGAGCUGCUGCUGACACAAAUGGAGAAGUGUGCUCUUAUGGAAGCCCUGAUAUUAAUCAGCAAUCAGUUUAAAGACUAUAACAAGCAAAAAGCCUUUCUGAAAGAAAUCAUGGCACCUGUUACUGCACAGUGGCUGUCAGAGGAGAUGAAGAGUGUGUUAUUGGACCCUGUUAACUUCUUGGCAUAUGUUGGUGCUGAUCAGGUGAUCAGUGAUGCUGACACAGAGGAUCAGAUGGGUAUCAACAGGUCAAGGGUUAGUUUUUGUGUGAACACCAUACUUGGGGUUGUAAAGCGUGCUCGUUGGCCUGCUAAUCCUGUGGAGGCAAAAGCAGGAGGCUUUGUGGUAAGCACAACCUCUGAUGGGGCUCCUAUCUACAGAAACCCUUGUGCGGAGCACCUGCAGGCCUUGCUGCCUAACCUUUUUGCUCUCAUCAGGACCCAAAAUAGCUUGUUCUUGCCAGAGAACACCAACCGGCUUAGCAAGACCUUUACAAGGGUCUAUGAUAUUAUGGAUAUGGAGAAGAAUUUUGCUUUAGGAAUUCCUCAACCACUUCUAGAUGCCUGUGACUCUUCAGCAUACAGAAACAUUGCUGAACGCAUGCAAGGCUUCUUCUCCUCACUCUAUGAUAACUGUUUCCACGUGCUAGGGAAUGCAGGUCCCUGCAUGCAGCAAGACUUUUAUGCAAUAGAAGGCUUGGCAGAGCAGAUUGUUGGUUCUGCAUUUACCCAUCUAGACAGUGUUCCAGACCACAGGCUCCGCCCCUUAGUUCGUCUGUUCAUGAAGCAGCUGGUGAUGUCCUGUCCUCGUGAUUAUUAUGACAGCCUCCUCAAUCCUUUGCUGGGCCCACUGUUUACCUAUUUGCUGCAGAGACUGAACUUUCGGUGGCAGAUUGUCAACCAACGGACCAGUCUGUGGUAAGACCUUUGAGUUAUUGAUACUACCAUAAAUAUUUGCAUGCAUAUUGUUUUGUUUAUAGUU